GGAUCCAAAGAUAAAAAGAACUGUGGCCCAACCCUAUGGCUAAAGCAGGGAGGCAAUUUAUUAAGGUUUUAACCACAUAAGCAAAUACGAAACCUGGCACAGACGACAAAGUAGCUGAUAAGAAAAGUACCAACACAAAGGACACAAAAGAAGAGAAGUCCUCUGAUUCACAUGUUGAAUUGGAUUCCAGAAUCCUAUCAGCUCUACUGACGGAUCAUCCUGAUGUGUUUUUUUUUGUAUACAUUAUGUAGUUUGAUGGCUUUGAGACUUUACAGUUCACCUUGUGCCUUUUUGCAGGGAGUUGACAGAGCUUUUCCGUAUGUUUCCACUGACGAGGUAGGUGUUAUAAUUGAAUCCCAGACGCCGGUGCUUUUCAAACUGGUACAUUCAAAGAAUUUCAACGUGGGAGUUCAAUCACUGAUGCUUCUUGACAAGAUCUCAUCCAAGAAUAAGAUUGUCAGUGAUAGAUUUUACCGUGCACUGUACUCCAAACUUCUCCUUCCCUCCACAAUGAAUUCUUCUAAGGCAAGGCUGAAAUGUUUAUUUGGGCUUCUUCUCGGAGUCAGGAAAAACAAUAUAAAACCGCCUUCUCCAAAAGAGUCUUGCAGUAACGGAGACCGUGUCAGUUGGUGGGAGCUAGUGCUUCUUUCUUCACGCGCUCACCCUUCGGUGGCUACAAUGGCUGGAACUCUUCUCUAGGAACUACUAUAGUUUACAACGGAAACCCUUUGAAUCUAUCUCUUACUACUUUCUUGGAUUAAUUCGUGGAGAAGAAACCAAAGUAAAACACUUGGCAUGGUGUCUCCCAGAUGGAACCUUCCAAGAAGGAACAAGCAGAGGUUGAAAAUUUUAUGAGUGUUUUAAAAAUUGGUCUAGGCGUCCACCAAGUCUUCGUAUUUGAACACAAUAAUUUUAUUUAACCAACUUUUAAAGAAAUGUUAGUUUAGACACUCAAAAAAUCAGUCUAGAUACCCGAGUAAACAUUAAUCUUUUUAAGAUGUCCAACCUUUCUUGAAUACUG